AAUCAUUAUUUGAAUGGAGACACAAAAAAAUCUACUUUAUAAAGAAAUAUUUAAUAUUUUUUCUAAAGGUAAAAAAUCAUUUGGUUAUAAAGAAUUGGGACAAAUAAUGAAAUCAUAUGGAAUGACUACCAGUGAUCUAGAAUUACAGGAUAUGAUUGGACAAAUGGAUUUAAAUGUAAGCGGUGAAAUUGAAUUUCGUGAAUUUUUACUAUUUAUAACAACAAAAAUUAAACAACAAGAAACUGCUGAAGAAUUAUAUGAAGCAUUUAAAUUAUUUGAUCAAGAUGGUAAUGGUUUUAUUAGUAGUAAAGAUUUACGUGAAGCAUUAGCAAAUCUUGGUGAACGAUUUAGUAAAGAUGUUAUUGAUGAAAUGUUUAAUGAAUUUGAUAUCGAUAGUGAUGGUGAAAUUUUUAUCGAUGAAAUUAUUACCAAAUUAACGAAAAGUACUAAUCAAAAAUAAAUUUUUUUUUUUAAAUCUUUUCCAUGAUUUUACAACACAUUUUUUCAAAUUUUUUAUUCAUGAACGAAAUAAAUUUUAUAAUUCUUUGAAAAUAUUCACAUUCGAU